AUGGUUGGAUUGAUGGGUUGGAGAGUUACAGAGCAAGGCUGGAGAAAGGGUCCUUGGACAGCUGAAGAAGACAAAUUGCUCUCAGAAUAUGUUACUUCUCAUGGGGAAGGAAGAUGGAGCUGUGUGGCUAGAUCUGCAGGUUUGAGGAGGACAGGAAAGAGCUGUAGGCUAAGAUGGGUGAAUUACCUAAGGCCUGGCCUUAAGAGAGGUCAGCUAACUCCUCAGGAAGAGAGCAUCAUCAUAGAACUGCAUGCCUUUUGGGGAAACAAAUGGUCUACAAUUGCCCGGUGCUUGCCUGGGAGAACAGACAAUGAGAUCAAGAACUAUUGGAGAACUCAUUUCAAGAAAUCUUCUCAUAAUCAAGGAAAGAGAAUCCGAACACGCCAACAACAAAAACAGAUGAUGAGGAAGCAAGCCCAUCUGCCGCCGCAGCCGCCACCGCAGCAGCAACAACUAGUACAACAAUCAGAACAAUUUCAGCAGCAGCAACAGCAGCAAUCGGUUAAUAUGAAGAGUAGGAAUCAAGUAACAGUCACAGAAGGUGAUUAUAAAGUGUUGCCUCAGAGUCCGACACAAUAUAAGCAAGAGAUGAUGGAUUAUUUCUUUUAUCCCACCAUGGACAACCAAUGCUUGCCUGUGAUGUUUCAAGAGGAAACAACCUGCGUGGGUGGUAAUACCAUGGAAGAGGACAGCCUCUGGGGUGGGUUGUGGAACUUGGAUGAUGUGCCAGUACAGUUUGAUCAUACGUAUAACAACAACAAUAAUGACCAUAACAAAAUUGCCUGCUUGCAAAGUGAAUUUUGGUCUCUCUAAUGAGAAUUGAGUUCGCGAGAGAAAUGGGAUGGGUGUGUCCCACAGGCUAAAUUCUGCAUACAAACUUGAGCCUAGCAAGUACGUACAGGCAUGCAUACCAUGUA